CUACCGUCUAUCCGUUCUUGUCUGUCCACUAUAGCGAUCAUUGAUGUCUGCCUAAUUCUCACUCAUCGCGCAUUGCCUUCUUCCAUCUCUUCAUCAAAGGAGACGACUCUCCGACUUGAUCAAAAGAUAGUGCGCAAACCCACACACAGACUCCCUAAGCAAAACACAACACUGCACCAACACGCCACUAGUAUCCACUACCCUCCAACAUACUUUCCGAAGCCCCAAAAGCUCAUCUCAAACUCUCAAACAAUCGCCUGUUCACGUAUCCAUUGUUUGUUUCCCCAAACGCUUACCUCCGCAUGCAUUUCCAACCAAACAUCUACCAACCCCAUCUCAACACCGCAUGUAACCCUCCCUUUCAAUCAUCAUCCUGUUGCCAGAAGAACCAAGAAAAGAAAAGAAAAGAAAAGAAAAGAAAACAACAGCAUGACUAGCCGUACACGGAGAAAAAGACCACCCAGCAUGUCACUCAGCUGUCGCAUCACCACGGUGCGUCAAGAUGACCUAGCGCAAGGCGUGCCGGCCCGCCUCAAGUCUACUACUUACAUACUUACUCUCCCUCCUCACGUCGUUUGA